AUGGGUUUGCUCUCUGAGACUCUGUGGUCUUUACCUUUGGAGGCAGAACCUGGAGAAAAUGUUACAAUUUGGUGCCAACAUGAUCUGACCCGUGCAGGUUACAUCUUCUGGUAUAAACAGUACUUUGUAACUGCUUCGAUGACUACUUCACUACCAGUUCUUGUUGGGUGCAAGCAUUUUAAGUUGUCCGACCCAUCAUCAGAGUGCUAUUUCUUUAAUGGACAUAAGCGAAUGGACAUGUCUGUGCACAUGACCACAACAUGUCUUACAAUUAUCACAGUAGAUCCUGCUGAUUCAGCUUUUUAUUACUGCAGCUUUAUAAAGAUGAACCACAUGAAGUUUAGUACCUCAACCUAUUUACAAGUGAAAGAGGGAAAUGAAACACACUUUAGAAACCUGAGUAAAGCACAUGAUGUACCAUGUUUCAGUUCACCAGAAGAUUAUAUCUCUCAUGCUGUUUGUUUUUUGCUGGUCGGGGGAUUUGGUGGAGUGGUCGUAGUUCUUCUCGGUAUCCUGAUCUUCAUUACACUAAAGCAUGAAAAAAAAGACACAGGUGCUCACAUGGCUAAAGAAGAUACAGAGGAUCAGGAACAUGGUUCUGUAAAUUAUGCUGCUUCACAGUUCGACAACAAGAAAAACAAGAGGCCACAGAAACAUGAAAAACCUGCAGAUCCAUAUGAUGUAUAUUCUUGUGUUAUAUAUCACAAGUUAGCUUAGUGGGGUUCCUAUAUGUCACAGGGGGGACCAGGCUACAACCAAGUUUCUCAGAAAAGUAAAAACUUAACAUCAGCAAAUGAUGUUGUCUUUAUAACAAUGGACUUGACAGGUGCAGGGUGCAGGAAUCAGCGAAUACACAGAUACAUGGCUUGACAUGUUUGAAAUGACACACUAUUCUACUUACUUGGGAUGUAACAAUACACUCUACCCACGAUGCAAUACGAUUUUUUCCCGACUUUUUUUAAACAAAAUGAAAUUGAAGACAAAUUAUGACAAAGUUUCCUUUUAUUAUUUAAUUAAAAAAUAUAUAUAUAUUUUUUUGUUUAUCCAAAUAAUAAAUGUCCUUUUAUUUCUGAGGUAGGUACAAACUAUGCAAAACAAUGCUGCACAUCUCCUUUUUUGUGUUAAAAAAAAAAAUAAUAAUAAUAAAAUGAAAUUUUAAAACAAAUCCCACAUUAAAUAAAUAAAUGAAUAAUACAAAUAAAGAAAGUAUCCUCACAUAAAUACAUUUGGCUGGAAAAUCCCAUAUAACUCUGUGUAGUGAGGUCAACCAGGCUAGGUAAAUAGGGCCAGUGCCCUCUGCGGUUUAAAGUGAAUAUCGAUUAAUUUUACAUGAAUUACCGAUUCGAAUCGUGGCACAUGUGCACCGGUUUUUAACUGCCUUGUGGUGCAUCGUUACAUCCCUACUACUUACACUAGACCUGCCCAAAUCCAGUAUGUAGUAUACAGUAUGCUGUUUUCAGUAGUGACAAGCAUUUUGUUUAAUUUGACCGUUUAGGUCAUAUAAAAAUCUGUAUAUGCACACAGGAUGUUCAGAAUGCACUCAAGGUCCAGUGGAUGCAAUGCAAUGUCUGUGGUUAUAAAAAAUAAGUGCAGUAAUUUAUUAUAUUAUUGCCUUUACAUUGGGUAUUUUUAGUCAUGUACAUAUUUGUAAUAGCUAUUGUUUUGUUUAUAAAAGUCUGUAGAUCAUUGUCCCAUUAAAUCUGUGUAUUCUCCAAUUUUCCUCAUGAUUAUAAUACACCAAGGAAAUUAGGUCUCUGUUCUUACGUUACAUUGGUACCUUAGCAAAAUAGAAAAUUAUUUAUGACCACUUUUA